CCACUCUUCUUCUUCUGGUUCUUUAAGCAGAGUUCUAGUAAAAAACAUAAAGAACUCAUCUCCUUCUUCUUCUUCUUCUAACUAUUGAUUGGAGGAAAAAGAAUUUCGAGAAAAGGUAAGUCAAAUGUUAAUUUUCUUACAUUUCUUUCUUCACUUUUAUGUGGAAGCAGGUUCUGGGAUCUUUGAUAUGCAUUUACAUAAUGCAAUUGUCUCUAUAAAUUGAAAUAUUCCACCCGAGCUAUAUAUUUUAUUAUUUAAACAGGGGACUUAUGGCCGAGACACUUUUGUCGUUUGGAGUUCGGAAGCUUUGGGACCUCCUUGCCCGAGAAUCUGAUCGAUUUCAAGGAGUUGAAGAGCAAUUUAAUGAAUUAAGAAGUGAUCUGAAUAAGUUAAGGUGCUUUUUAGAAGAUGCAGAUGCCAAGAAACAUACAAGUUCAAUGGUGAGCAACACUGUGAAAGAGGUCAAAGAAAUUGUUUAUGACACAGAAGAUAUAAUUGAAACCUUUCUUCGAAAAGAAGAACUCGGGAGAACAAGUGGCUUCAAGAAACAUAUCAAACAUCUAGGCUGUAUUAUCCCUGGUCACAGGAAAAUUGUUCUCGAUAUGGAUGUCCUAAGUAAAAGGAUUUCUAAGGUGAUCUGCGAUAUGCAGAGUCUUGGCGUACAACAGGGCAUUGUCAAUGACGAGCAUAUGAAGUCUUUACAAGAAAAACAAAGGCAAAUGCGACAAACAUUUUCUAAUAACAGUGAAAGUGCUCUUGUGGGUUUGGAGGAAAAUGUUAAGAAAUUGGUUGGCCAUUUGGUAGAGGAAGAUAGCAGUCAAGUGGUUUCUAUAACCGGGAUGGGUGGUAUUGGUAAAACCACACUUGCAAGACAAGUUUUUAAUCAUGAGACAAUAAAAAGUCGUUUUGCAAAAUUAGCGUGGGUAUGUGUUUCACAACAGUUUACAAGGAAGUACGUCUGGCAAAUGAUAUUGUGGAAAGUUGGGCCAGAAUAUCUAAAACCAGAUAUAACUGAAGACGCACUUCAAGAAAACCUCAUUCAUUUGUUGGGAACACGAAAAACUUUGAUUGUCCUGGAUGAUUUAUGGAGAGAAGAAGAUUGGGACAUAAUAAAACCAAUCUUUCCACUGCAAAAAGGUUGGAAAGUAUUACUUACUUCACGUAAUGAGGGUGUUGCAUUACGAGCAGAUCCAAAUUGUUUCACCUUUAAACCGGAUUAUCUAACUCUCGAAGAAAGUUGGACACUUUUUCGAAGGACAGUUUUCCCUGGUGAAAACACUACCGAAUAUAAGGUUGAUGAAGAAAUGGAAGAGUUGGGUAAGGAGAUGAUAAAGCAUUGUGGAGGUUUACCGUUGGCUAUUAAGGUGUUAGGCGGGUUGUUAGCUGCGGAUAACUCAUUGCAUGAGUGGAAUAGGAUAUAUGUGAAUAUUAGAUCUCACAUCGUUGGAGGAACUAAAUUCAAUGACAACAAUAUCAGUUCCGUUUACCAUAUAUUGUCUCUGAGCUUUGAAGAAAUGCCUAUAUAUUUAAAGCAUUGCUUCCUCUACCUUGCCCAAUUUCCAGAGGAUUUUGCAAUAAAGGUGGGGAAAUUGUCCGACUACUUGGCAGCAGAAGGAUUAACAAAGCAGAGAUAUUAUGAUGGAGCAACCAUUCCAGAGGUCGGAUGUGGAUACAUAGAAAACUUGGUAAAGAGAAACAUGGUCAUUUCUGAAAGAGACGCUAAAACUUCAAGAUUUGAAACAUGUCACUUGCAUGAUAUGAUGAGAGAAGUUUGCCUGCUUAAAGCUGAAGAAGAGAACUUGAUACAAAUUGAUCACAACACAUCAUCUGCAAACUCUAAAUCUCUUUACAAAGCUCGCAGAAUUGUCAUACAAAGGCUUGAUGAUAUUAAACACGCAGGUUUGGAGGGGAAUAUGAAGAAUUCAAAAAUCAGAUCUCUCAUAUAUAUCGAGCAGUUUGGUUGGAAGGAAUCAAAAAUAUGCUUUACGAGGAUACAGUUGAUGAGGGUUUUAGAUCUCUCUAAAGUCAAAUUUGAGGGGGGGAAGUUACCCUCUAGCAUCGGACUGCUAAUCCACUUGAGAUAUUUGAGUUUACAUCGGGCAGAAGUAUCUCAUCUACCUUCUUCUAUGCGGAAUCUGAAGAUGCUGCUCUAUUUAAACCUGUGUGUACAUGAGAGAUCUUUAACUUACAUUCCCAAUUUCUUGAAAGAGCUGCAGAAAUUGGAAUACCUCUCUUUCCCAUUAAGAAUAGCUGAUAAGGUAAAUAUAGAUUUGGGUAAUCUAGUCAACCUGGAGACGUUAGAGAAUUUCUCAACAGAGCAUGGGAGAGUGAGCGAUCUCAAGCUUAUGAGACGGCUCAGAGUACUCUCUAUCUUUAUCAGAGGCAACUUUGCUAUACAAGAUUUAUCUUCAUCUCUAAGUCAACUAAGGCACUUGGAAAGUCUUAAUAUAUGUUAUUACUCGAUGUAUGCUCAGCUUAGAGGCGGAGAAGGAUUAGUUUUGGAUUGCGCUCAUCUCAAGCAACUGAAUUUGAGAAUAUAUAUGCCAAGCUUACCUGCUGGACAACGUUUUCCUUCUCACCUUAGAAACAUAACUCUAGCUGAGUGUUGUUUGAAGGAGGAUCCAAUGCCGAUUCUAGAGAAGCUGCGUCACUUAAAUGAGGUCAGUUUAUCGCAUAAGUCUUUCCUUGGGAAGAGAAUGGUUUGCUCGAGUGGUGGGUUUCGACAAUUGCAGAAGCUCGAUUUGUGUGGACUAGAUGAGUGGGAAGAGUGGAUAGUCGAAGAAGGCUCCAUGCCCCUUCUUCAAAAGCUCACUAUCCGCAACUGUCAUAAGUUAAAAGAGCUUCCUAAUGGGAUGAAAUUUAUCAUUUCCUUGAAAGAACUGAAUAUCUACACGGUUCAUUUGGAAUUUAAGGAUAAACUGUCAAUGGGAGGAGCAGAUUACUACAAAGUACAACAUAUUUCUCGUGUUCAAUUUGUCUAGUUAUCGUCAAUCAGGUGAAUCCCUUCUGAAGCCAAUAUUUCCUUCAUUGGGUAUAUAUUCUUCUAUUACAGUGUCUGUGUCUUGAUGUGUUUUUGGUUCACAAUUAAACUUUUGAUUUCUGUUCGACUACCAUACAAAGAAAACAAAAUGGACACAACUUAUUGUUCUGUUUUUUUGUUUUUUUUUGUGUGGAUAUUUUUGUUGUUAAUAUGGGACAUAUAUCCAAUCUUUAGGGGUGUUAUUGGAUGGUGCAUUUAAUGGAUUUGAAUUAACAUAUGAUAUUGAUGGAUUUUAAAGCACAAUGGUUUUCCACUGCAUUUACAGUGGAUUUGAGUGGUAACAUUAAUGGAUUGGUAAUUCAGCUCUAUUGAUUCAUUAACAUUUUUGCUUGUCUCGAUUUAGUUACAGGUCCAUUAAAACCAUGAUUUUCCAACUUUUUGUGCACACACUCUCUUGAGGGAUUGUGAGUUUACAUUUUCACAAAGAGAAGUAAAAAGGCAAAUCCUUUCUGA